UACACACAAUAAUUUAUUAAGAAGAUUUUUUUUUAAAUGUUUGUGUGGUUGAACCCGCUCAAUAAACUCGGAUAGGAAGUGUAUGGCAAUAGCACUACAAUCGUACUAGAGGGUGUAUAGUGCAACAAUCUUAGCUAAAAAGGAAGUAAUUAGCUGUGAGUUUGCCGCAAUCUUAAAAUAACAUACAAUCAUUUAUGAGAAGAUAUUGGUUAAACAUUUGAUAGUAUAAUCUCGAGCUAAUAAAUGAUGUAAAUAGCUAUGGGUGAUUUGCAAAGAUCUUAGCGUUACACAUAAUCAUUUAUGAGAAGAUUUUUGGUUAAUUGUUUGUUGGUUGAUCCUGUCCAAUAAACUCGGAUGAAGAGUGUACGAUAGUAGUAGUAUAGUCAUAGUACAGAUGUGUAAUACAAAAACAAAGUCAAACGUACACCCAUUCAUUCAUUACCGAGAGGAAAUACAAGAAAUACCAAUUCUCCCAAGGGGUGCAAGUUCCCCUUAAGUAGAAACGUUCGCUUUCGGAACCUGCCUCGUGCCUUCCGCUUGCACGUGGCCCCUCGUUGAUGCGUGGUCCCCACCGCGUCCCUCCUCGCCAUCACACGGCCGCCACCUAUAUAGGGGACUGACCUCCACCCCUUCAAACCCAACCCUCGUACCUCGCUUUACUAAAAGUCCAUUUACCAAUACAAGUGAGGCCCCCUCUCCGGCGACGACUACGACGAGGUACCAGUAGCCACCAUGUGUGGCCCAUUGACCCACAAGAACGUUGAUGUCCCCCCGGUGACGAGGAAGGUGAUGGCGGCAACGUUUUGGCCCGAGAAGAAGAAACCCCGACAGACCGACGGUAGGGGCCGACACUUCUUGGGGCUCGGCGGGCUUAGGGGACUCGGGCUAGACGAGAAGGAGGAGGAUUUUGAGGCCGACUUCAAGGAGUUCGAGGUUAACUUCGGGGACUCUGAUCUGGAGCUCGGUCACAAUGGGGUAAUUGGGAAGGAUGACCAUGAGGACGUCGUCGAGAUCAAGCCAUUUGUCGUCAUCAAGGGGUUCCUCUCCCAAGAUGACUUAAGCACCAUGAGUACUGCUGGUCCUUCAGAAAGGCCAGCAAAAAGGAAGAGAAAGAACCAAUUCAGGGGUACCCGUCAGCGCCCCUGGGGUAAGUGGGCUGCUGAAAUCAGAGAUCCUAGCAAGGGUGUCCGUCUCUGGCUUGGUACUUUCAGGAGUGCUGAAGAAGCCGCAAGAGCUUAUGAUGUUGCAGCACGCAGGAUCCAUGGCAAGAAGGCCAAGGUUAACUUUCCCGAGGAACCAGCAGUAGAGGAACCUACCGUCAUACCAGCACUCAACAACCUUGCCAACCCAAAUGCUUUCGUCUACCCAUCUGUUGACUUUGCAUCAAACCAGCCACUUGUUCAGAUUGCUAACAUGCCAUUUGUUCCUGCAAUGAACUUUGUUGCCCCUGUUCAAGCUCCUGCUAUGAAUAUGUACUCUGACCAGGGAAGCAACACCUUUGGAUGCUCUGACCUGGGCAGGCAGUAUACCAUCAAGACUCCAGAUAUGUCAUCUAUUAUUGCUCCCGUUUCCACCAUUGCUGAAGGAGCAGAAUCUGCACGUGUCCAAAGUAACACCUACAACCCAGUGGUGAUUGCUGAAGCAGCUGAAUCUGCGCUUGUCCAGAGUAACACCUACAACUCAGUGGUGCCUUCCAUAAUGGAGAGUGAUUCUGUUGAUUUUGACGCUUGGACGAGGUUCUUAAUGGAUGAUGACGUGGAUGAGCCCAUUGAUAGCCUUGUGAAUUUCGAUGUGCUUCAGGAUGUCCUCGGCAACAUGGAUCUAUGGAACUUUGAUGACAUGCCCAUCUGUGGCUAAUUUUUCUGAUGGAUUCAAACCCAUGUGUACCGGGACAAAGGGAAUAAGACUAUGGGAGAUUGGGAAGCAUCCUAUUGUCACCUUCGGCUAGCAUGUGCUUAUGUCCAAGUUUAGAUGCAAAAAAGUCACAUCCUGAGUUUCCUUUGUAAUCCACCCUUUCCCUAGUUGACUGUCUGUGUGGCAGCCAUUUAUGUUUAUGAUGAACCGUUGUCUUUAUCUUUGGUCAACUUUGAUGUCGUCGCUACCAUUUCUGAAUAUGAACAACAUGGAUCUGUGUCCAGUUUGCUUUAAUA